CAGCGAUGAGCGGUUCUUUGUGCUGGCUGCGCGCGGCCUCGCUGCUGCGGGGGGCCCCGCUGCGGUGGGGCGCGCGGCCCCUCAGCCAGGCCGCGGCCGGCGACGGCUCGUCCCCUGGCGGCGGUGAGGGUGGCCGAGGGUCGCGGGAGUCGGUAGAGCGGCUGGUGCGGGCGCACCCCGUGGUCGUGUUCAUGAAGGGCAACCCGGGCCAGCCCCUGUGCGGCUUCAGCAACGCCGUGGUGCAGAUCCUGCGCCUGCACGGGGUGCAGGACUUCCAGGCUUACGACGUGCUGCAGGACGCCGACCUCCGGCAAGGAAUUAAAAACUACUCCAACUGGCCUACCAUCCCUCAAGUAUACCUUAACGGUGAAUUUGUUGGUGGCUGUGACAUACUCCUCCAGAUGCAUCAGAAUGGAGAUCUAGUGGAAGAGCUUAAGAAGUUAGGAAUCCGCUCUGCACUUUUGGAUGCAGAAAAAGACCAAGACAAAAAAUAAACCAAGCAAGAUAUUUCAUUUUAAAAGAUGGGACUAUAAUAAACAAAACCUUUGACAAUAACUUAUUACCAGAAAAGCCUUACAUGUUAUCUCAAAGGAGGCAUCUUUUUGAACUGACACUAACGUUUGUUUAUCAGUAAACAAAUGGUAGCUCACGGUACAGGUUAUUUGGUAUUUUGGUUUAAGGAUAUUCUGUUGUGAAAAUUUGAUUAUAACCAUUGCACUGUAAUUCAAUGUCUGUGGAACUGAAGUAAACAAGCAGCCUACUUCUACUUGUGUCAAUUCUUCUUGCCUGAGGCAGGAGUAAAAGAAAGAUUGUAGAAUAUUAUUUUUAUGGCUCAUCUGUGUAUAUCACUUGGCUAAUGCUUUGAUAUAUAAACCUAUGUAGACAGUGUUUGUAGCUUUUUUGGUUCUCUUGAAAACACUAUCAAAUAACUGCUGUCAUUCUGUAUGAACACUUGAAGGUAGGACUUCUUGGGAACCUGUAAACUUGUGUAUUGGUUACCUGCAAAUCUGUUUCUAACAAACUGGAGGAAAACAGUCACAUGAGUGAUCUAUGAAAUACACCUUUAUUCCUACAGCUAUAAAUAAAUACAUUAGUAUAAACAAAUGAUACGUUGUUCAUUAUUGCUUUGUUUCCCAGACUGUAGGUUGUAACUACUGAUGGCUUUUGGGAGACUACUGGGAGUUGUGAUUAAAAGGUUUUAAAGUAAUUUAUAUUGUACCUCUGCCAAAAAUGGCCUCGGUUUUUACACUUUGUGAAAUUUAAGUCUCUGUUAUCAGUGGUCAGAUGUGGAAGUUCUAUAAUUCUUCCUUAUAGAGAGUGGAAUAACUUGAAAACCCUGAAUAUAAUCUUAUACUACUUGUCAGCAGCUACAUUCUUUAGCUUUACGCUGACAAAUAUUCAUUCCUAUUUGACUGCUGUGCCACAAAGAGUGUUGUCUUCAAAUAUGAAGUAAACAAAUGAACUGUUUCUUCUAGGUACCAGUAAAGAGCAAGGGAGGGGAUCUACUGGGCAGAUGGCAGAAUUGUUUGCUGGAUUGUCUAUUUUCUGUGAAGUGUCAAAUACCGGUGUUUCUACAAAUAAAAAAGGUCAUACAGUAUAUCUGGAGAAAAAAAUAGCAAAUUAAAGUUAGUAGUCCCUCAAGAACUACUGCUAUUUAGUUUUAUGGGUAAAAGCAGCAUUUAUCCAUGGAUUGAGCAAAUGAUCUGAAAAAUAAUUAUCCUGUGAUUGUAUGAUUGUCUACAUUAUUUUGAUUUAUCAUAAAGUUUCUAAUGAAUUUGA